AGAAUGUCACUGAAGUGUGAAACUGAACGAAGCAAAACGUGGAACAAUUUCGGGAAUGGUAUUCCGUGCGUUUUGGGCAUUGAUGAAGCUGGAAGAGGUCCAGUGCUCGGUCCUAUGGUCUACGCAGCAGCGAUUUCCCCACUUGAUCAAAAUGUAGAGUUGAAAAAUCUUGGUGUCGACGAUUCAAAAGCGUUGAACGAGGCGAAACGUGAAGAAAUCUUCAACAAGAUGAAUGAAGACGAAGACAUCCAACAGAUCAUAGCAUAUGCUCUCAGAUGUCUUUCCCCUGAAUUGAUCAGUUGCUCAAUGCUCAAAAGACAAAAGUAUUCGUUGAAUGAAGUAUCCCAUGAAGCUGCGAUCACUUUGAUUCGAGAUGCGCUAGCUUGCAAUGUGAAUGUAGUGGAGAUCAAAGUGGACACAGUUGGCCCGAAAGCAACUUAUCAAGCCAAACUCGAGAAAUUAUUUCCCGGAAUUUCAAUUUGCGUGACUGAAAAAGCUGAUUCACUUUUUCCUAUCGUCAGUGCAGCUUCCAUUGCCGCCAAAGUCACGAGAGACUCGCGUUUGAGAAAUUGGCAAUUUAGAGAGAAAAAUAUUAAAGUUCCAGAUGCUGGAUAUGGAAGUGGAUAUCCUGGAGAUCCAAACACAAAGAAGUUCCUUCAAUUAAGUGUGGAACCAGUUUUCGGCUUCUGCUCACUCGUUCGAUCAUCCUGGAAAACAGCCAGUACUAUCGUUGAGAAGAGAUGUGUUCCAGGCAGUUGGGAAGAUGACGAGGAAGAAGGGAAAUCACAAAGCAAAAGAAUGACUUCAUGGAUGGUUCCGAAAAAUGAAACAGAAGUUGUACCAAAAAGAAAUGUGUACUUCAAGGAAAGACAUAUGAGCAAUAUUCUAACUUUUUGAAUUAUAACGAAAUACUUACAUUUUUCAAUAUCACCAUUCAUUUUUAUUUUACCAUUUUCUUUAACGCGUUUCUGAUCUCCUCAUAUCUCCCUCUAAAUAUUUCAUCACUUUGGUUGUAUACCUCAAUUUACUUGUAGUAUAUUCAUUUUCUCUUACUUUUUCUGGUGAACUUUUCUUAGAUACUCAUUGAAUAAAUUUUGAAAUUC